GGGGCUACAUCCUCCAUCGAAGGGGUCCUUUUUCUCUCUCUCUCUCUGGUUUGGAAUCGGAAUCGGAAUCAAUUCUCUCAGCAUAAUCUCUCUCUCUCUCUCUCUCUCUCUCUCUCUCUCUCUCUCCUGCGCUCUGCGCAGGAGCUUAUUCUUUUAUUCUUUUCUUCUUCUUCUUUUCUGUUGGGUAGAUUUGUAAAUUAGUAGGGCGAAAUCCGGACCUUCUUCUUCUUGCUCCCCUUUCUUCCUGCAGCUCGAAUCGUAUCGUUUCGUCCGCCCAUCCAUCCGAUCGACAUGGCCGCAGUCUUCCAGCUCGACGGCGACCGCGCUGCCGACGCCCUCCCCGAUUCGCCGGUUGUCGAUCAGGAGAAAAUGCCGAUCGCGACGAGCCAUGAUUAUGCUAAUCAUGGGGGGGUUUGUGCGAUAUGCUUGGAGAAGAUUGUGCUCCAAGAAACUGCCCUCGUAAAAGGUUGCGAGCACGCCUACUGUGUGACAUGCAUUCUCCGCUGGGCCUCAUGUAAGGAGAGACCAACCUGCCCUCAGUGUAAACAUCCUUUCGACUUCCUCAACGUUCAUCGCUCGCUCGAUGGCAGCAUCCGUGAUUACAUGUUCGAGGAGAGUGUAUGCCUGCUUCUUAGGGCUACAUGGUUCAUGCCACUAGAGGUCCAUUACGAGGACACAUACGAUCCCCUCGAAGACUACUGUCCCUAUGAGGACGAAGUUGAAGAUGAGGAUGACGAUCUUGAAGAAGCUUACUUUAACAGUCCUAGCAUCCGGAUCGGGAAUCGGAGGUGGGGAGAUAAUGGUUAUGUCAGGGCAGGCCGCCAAGAAGCACGGCCAGUCUAUAGGGCAAACCCUCAAGAUGAGGGUGCUUCUAGUUCAUCGCACCAGCCCAAGAAAAAGGAGGUUGCGGCAAAGGAGACGGUUGGGACCGGGAGGCGGGCGAAGAGGGCUCUGAAGCGGGAGGCAGCUGAUAAGGCAGCUGCAGCCAAGCAUCAGCAGCACCUGAUAAGGCUGGGAAGGAACUGAUUGGAGUGAUCCUUUAGCAGGAGAUGUGAAGAAAGCUCCGACUUACUCUUGUACAUAAGCGUAGACUGCUGUGAAAUAAUGACUUAUUUAGGUGAGAUAAAGAAGAUGAUUCUGUAAAUUAGUUCUCUAAGCAUUCUCCUUUCAAAAUUCAGACACGAAGAUCUGGGUUUUGAUGCGCCCUUGUAUCCCUUUCAUUUGGUGGUGGCAUGCUUACCUCUGAAUUGGGGAUGCUUCGCCACUUCAUCUUUAUGAGACAUUUGACUGGUGGAUUAACUUCGUAGAUGCUGGACCAACCAUUGUGUUUGUAUUUAUGAAAAUACAGCGGAAACGUGAAAUAUGGAAAAAAAUCUGAAUUUAGGCGGCA